GUGUGCGUACGUCUAAAUAAGCUGAAGGUAAUACUGAAGAGACACAGACUUAGGGAAGGUUCUGAACCAUGGAUAGCCUCUGCAAAGCAAAUACCACUUUUGCGCUUGACCUCUUAAGAAAGCUGUCUGAGAACAAAAGCAAGCAGAACCUCUUCUUUUCUCCUUUGAGUAUUUCCUCUGCUUUGUCUAUGAUUUUGCUGGGUUCCAAAGGUAACACUGAAGCACAAAUAGCAAAGGUGCUUUCUCUGGACAAAGCUGAGGAUGCUCACAAUAACUAUCAAUCACUUCUUGCUGUAAUUAACAAUCCCAACACCAAAUACAUACUGAGAACUGCUAACCGCCUUUAUGGAGAAAAGACAUUUGAGAUUCUCUCAUCAUUUAUAGAGUCGAGUCAGAAACUCUACCAUGGUGGACUAGAACAGACUGACUUCGUGAAUGCCUCAGAGGAGUCCACAAAUCAGAUAAAUGCCUGGGUAGAGGAAAAGACUGAAGGUAAAAUUCCGAACCUGUUGCCAAAGGGGAUUCUGGAUUCACAGACCAGGCUUGUGUUGGUGAAUGCCAUCUAUUUCAAAGGCAACUGGGAAAAGGAGUUCAACAAAGGGAAAACAGUAGAAAUGCCAUUUCACAUCAAUGAGAAUGAGACCAAACCUGUGCAGAUGAUGAUGAUGAAGGACAGAUUUAACAUGACCUAUAUUGGUGACUUCCAAACCAAAAUCCUUGAGCUCCCUUAUGUUGGUAAUGAACUCAGCAUGAUCAUCCUGCUCCCUGAUAAAAUUCAGGAUGGACCCACUGGCUUGGAACGUCUGGAAAGAGAACUUACAUAUGAGAUGCUGAUAGAUUGGAUCAAUCCUGAAAUGAUGGACUGUACGCAGGUGAGGGUGUCUUUACCCAAAUUUAAACUGGAAGAAGGCUAUGAUCUGAAACCCCUUCUGAGCAGCAUGGGAAUGCCAGAUGCAUUUGAAUUAGGGAAGGCAGACUUCUCGGGAAUCUCAGCUGGCAAUGAGGUGGUGCUCUCCAAAGUGGUUCACAAGUCUUUUGUGGAAGUCAAUGAAGAAGGCACUGAAGCGGCAGCUGCCACGGCAGGAGUGAUGAAUCUGCGCUGUGCAGUGAUCACUCCAGAUUUCACUGCUGAUCAUCCCUUCUUCUUCUUCAUCCGGCACAACAAAACUUCAAGCAUUUUGUUCUGUGGCAGGUUUUGCUCUCCCUAGAAGGACAGAAGAGCCACCAUUACACAGUAACUUCCGCCUUCUCUAAAAUAGGGCUACUCCUUUUGCACUGUCUCUUCCAGCUGUGCCUGAAUCCACUUCUGGGGUCUUCAGCUCAGGCUUAUAUAAGAAUAACCGAGCUACUUACACAUACACAGCAACUGCCAUUUAGAUUCUUGCCCUAGGUGCAGAGUCUCUAGCUCCCUAUGAGAUGAGAAACACCCCACCUGCUCAGUGAAGGCUUCACCUCUUCUUGCAGUUCCCCUUACAGGUUCCGUUUUUUGUGGCCACCAUGCAGUGAAGGAAGAACUUAAUUUUGUUUCCAAGGAGGCUGAGUCACAUCUUUAGCUCCCCUCCCCCCUUUUCCGUUCUCAUCCCUUUUUCUUCCACACUGAUACAUUUAAUGACUUGAUACAUUCCCUAGAGAUGGAAAGAGUCUCUCUGAGCCUGUUCCAAGUAUUGCGAAGCAUCCUGAGUAGGCAGGGAUUUUGUGGAUAAUAACUGGACAAGCACUUACACAAGAAUGGGAAUAAAAUGUGUCUUUGCACCAGAUGUCCUUACAGGGUGAGAAGUGUUGUUUUUUCACCAGGGGACGCUGAGGUUUAUUACCUGUCACCUAGUUCUAGCCCUUUAACGAAGAAUGUAAUAGAAAACCAUAUGGUGCCUAUGCAACAUUUAAAUGACAAAGCUUUAAUGCUCAUAUUUUUCCUGUUCAUAGUUUCUGAACACUGCAGUGUAACUGAAUAAUACCAAAGACAGCUGAAAUAUCUUUCC